UGCAAGAGCAAAUGGAGGAACCUUAAGGGCGCAUUUCUCCAAGUUCAGUUCAUCAAGAGCACUUCUGGUCUUACAUGGAGUGAUGCAGAUGGAGUAGGGGUGUCACCUGAGAACCAGAGUGUAUGGAAUGAACUUGUGAGGAGCCACCCUGCAGCAAAGCCCUUUGCCAACAAAGGCUUCAUUCACUUUGCCACCAUUGAUGAAAUGAUG